CUCAAGUUGCACGAGUUGUUUUGAUCACGUAGCAUUCAUUGCCUGCACUCUACCCCAAACCCAGGAAGCAUUCUGCAAGUUUCUCUCCUGCCGUUCUGAAGCCCCAACGAUCAACUUGUCACGGAAUACAGGAGUACUUUCCUCGAAGAGCUGAGAGGCGUUUUGAUUCAGUCUUAUUCAGAUCGCGAUUCAUAAUGAGGAAGUGCCAAAGUUCAUCGCAGAAUAGAAAUGUGCUUGUGAUUACCACUUGCUUAUUCCUUUCAUUUAUAUCAUUAUUCAUAUGGAUUGAUCCCAAGGCACACAAUCGGUCAAUGCAAUCUACAAAAUGGAAUUUCGAAGACUGGGACUUACAGCAAAUGGCAAUGCCCUUUUUGAUAGAUGAGAACCAAGUCGUGACCCCCUCCAAUGGACCAAUUUGAUCCUCUUCUACACGCAUUGAUAAGGAGAAAUCACUUAAUUGAACCACUGGGACGACGGCUUCCUUACUUUUUGUCAAAUCCAACCAAAGACCCUUCAAUGGGACAAGGUCAAUCAAUUCGAAAGUUGUUCCAGAACAAAGUAACUUGAUAUCAGAUGGGGUUUAAAAGUCAUUCAUUCACUCUACUACAAGAAUUAUAUUUCACUCUGUUAUUUCAAGACAAAUGGCUUUUUUAUUGAAUGCGGCGCUUUAGAUGGCGAGACUUGAUCUAAUACAUUGGGCUUGGAACGAGAUCUCCAAUGGACUGGUAUUCUCAUUGAGGGCGAUCCCAAAUCGAUCCCAAAAAUCUUAUCCAAAGGACGAAAGUCGUACGUGGUGCCACAUUGCUUGGCAACCAAAAAUAUAACUAUGAAAGUCAGUUAUGGCUCGUAUUUCAAUUUGGGUCGGAUUGUGGAUGAGUCACCCGGCAGGAAAGACAAAAAAGUGGUGGACGUCAUGUGCUUGCCUUUGUUUGCUAUUCUCAAAGCCUUGAAGGUUCCUCAAGUGGACUAUUUUAGCCUUGACGUGGAAGGCAACGAGUUGGAUGUCCUCAAGACUAUUCCUUGGGACGAAGUUAACAUACUUGCUCUGUCCGUGGAAUUUAGUCACAUUGGAGAAUCACACACCACUGGUUCCAAGUCCGAAUUGGAGUCCUUCAUGGAGUCCAAAGGCUACCGAGUAGCGUCAAAAGUAACAAAUGGCCACCAAUUGGCCAACGAUUUCAUUUUUGCCAAAAAAGGUGUCUUCGAUAACAUUUCUAUUGCUGAUGUGAUUUCUUAGACAUAGAUAUGUUAAUCAAUACCAAAAUGUUUCCUUCUAAA